UGCUGCUGUCAUAGAGUUUCCUAUAUGGCUGCUGUUGGGCUGCUGCUGUGGUCUUUGCGGCAUGCGUUCGUGUGGUCGCCCUGAGUUGGAUGUGCUAGCCCUCACCGUCGGCCGUCGACUUCGCUAUGGCGCUUGCAAAGCUGAAAGGCCGCUCCACCAAGUUCAAUCAGGACAUUCUUCUCGAGACUGACCAAAAUGGUGACAAAAUAUCACUGUGGUGCCGUCAAGCAAACGAAGCAACUGGCUUUUGUGUUUUGUGCGACAGCAGCAUUAACUGCAGGCAGCACGGCGUAACGGCUAUAAGGCGGCAUGCCGCCACAAAGCGCCACAUUGACUCUGCCAAUCAGCACCGAGACACUUCAGGUGUCCUACAAAGACCGAAGACUACUCAGUCAACUCUGGAAUUAACAAGCCAACGAAACAUUCCACUGAAUGACCAAGUGACACACGCAGAGACACUUUUUGUCCUUGGUAUGACACUAAAGGGCAUUCCGUAUUCGUGGGCAGACACAGCAACUGACUUGUAUCCAAAAAUGUUCCCGGAUUCAGAAAUAGCCAAGAAAUUUUCCUGCAAGAGGUCCAAAACCUCUUACAUUGUUUCUGACGGCCUGGGUUCAUACUUCAAGAAGCUUGUGGUCGACGAGCUCAACAAGGCAGACGUGUUUUAUUCUAUUGCCAUAGAUGAAACCCCUAUUCCAGAGCAAAGGUGCCAGCAGCUUGAUGUGGUGGUUAGAUAUUUCUCUGACAAAGCGCAGCAGGUAGUAGUGGAGCACCUGCAGUCGUACCGGCUGGGUUCCGCAACAGCAGAAAUUUUGGCAGGUGAGAUCCAGAAAGCAAUGAUGGACCUUCCGCAGAAGAACUUCAUUUGCUUUUUUACCGAUGGUCCAAAUGUAAUGAAAAGCUUGAAGAAAAUGCAAGAGGCUUACCCGAAUAUCAUCGACUUAGGAGAGUGCUGCCUGCACAAAGUGCACAACUCGUUUGCUCGAGGAUUGAAUGCCUUUGGGUCGGACAUCGAAGGGGUUGUGAUAGAUGUUUAUUACUUUUUUAAGAAUUCAGCUGUGCAGAGCGCAGCAAUGAAAGCGGAACAAGUGACACUUGGUCUUCCUGAAACUGUAUUUUUGCGCCAUGUGAGCUCAAGGUGGCUCACUUUGGGGCCUGCUGUUGAUCGCUUGAUAGAGCAGUAUCCUGCUGUGAAGAAAGUCCUGUUGUCAGACACAUCCGGUCGCACAGGAGGCCAGUUGCGUGAACGACUGAGGAAGGUGUUCUCUGACAAGACCUUCUAUGCCAAGCUCCUCUUCAUUAGGAACGUUUCUGAAAUUUUUGUUUCAUUCCUAUCACUCCUACAGGGAAGUGAACCACUGGUGCAUCGACUCUAUGAAGAGAUGGUGUUUCUCGUUCAGAAGCUGCUUGGUCGCUUUAUGAAAACCGAAGCUUACCGUACAGUUAACGGCAAGGACUUGCCACGUUUGGAUGUUCAUUGUUCUGCAAUGUGGAAGGCUGUUGUGGAAGUUGGUGGAGACACAGAAGCAGCUAUGUCCCAGUGGGAACCAGCCCAGAAAAAGGCUUUUCGGUUGGGUGCCCGAAGUUUCUACUUAAAAGCCACAGAACAUCUGCUAUCACGACUGCCCUUUGGGAACAUGGCACUGCGGAGCCUACGUUGCCUUUCUCCUAAGGCCAGGGAGGAGGAGUCAUCAGAAGCUGAAAUGAGGUGCUUAGCUGCAAAGCUGCCUCAGGUGAUACAGCCAAGCGAAAUCUCAACCCUGAUGGAUGAGUAUACAGUUUUUCAACUGGAGACAGUUGAAAGUGCUCCAAGGGUUGAUAAAUAUUGGCAGGUCAUCUUUGACUUAAAAAAGAGUGAUGGCUCGCACAAGUAUCCACUACAUAAUAAAGUGGUAAAGGCUUUGCUGAGCAUUCCCCAUGGAAAUGCAGAUGUCGAAAGGGGUUUUAGUGAGAAUCGUAGACUUCUUCAUGACAGGGCGCGGCUAACGGUAGAGAGCAUCAAUGGGAUACGUCAUGUUGUGUCCUAUGGCAAGCGUUUCCAUAGUGACCCCAGCCGUUUCAGCAUUACGCCUGAGGUUGUUAGAGUUGUGCGAAACGCAAAGAAACUGUACUCUGAACGCAUUGCUUCUGAGGAAGAGCAGUCAGCGAAGCGGCAACGCAAGGCAGAUGAGGCAGGCUCGAGCAGCGGUGAUCAAGCAGACCAUCAAAAGGAAGUAGAAACCGCAAGGAAGAUGCUAACAAAUGCUGAACUUUUAAUUAGCCGUGGCCUCAAGUCAAAGGACUUUGCUGACAUUGAAAGUGGCAGUUCUCUUCUGGCUGAGGGCAAAUCUAGGCUUGCAGUGUCCCUUCAAAAGAUGGCUGAUAGUAAAAGGAGAAAAGUGGCUGCACGCACGUGAAGUACUUUUCUGGGGUUUCACGGUAGUUUUGUGGACACAAGCCUGACUGAUGUUGAAACUUGUGCGAAUUUUCUUCAUUGGACUUUUUAGUGGGCCGUUUAUUAGAGCACAUAACCAGAAUUUUCUUCAUAUUUAUUGUUGUGCUUCUGUAUAUUCAUAAUGUCUGCUUAAACUUAGAAGAUAUGUUUUCAUCAAUGGGGUUCUCUGUCAAGGUACUAUUGUUCCCGCCGUGGUAUGUUUAGGUCCGCACAGUUAGUCAUGCAGUUUCACUCAAGUGAGUGUAUUCUGUGCAUUUUUUUCUUUUUUUGUUAAAGGUUUUUUCGCUAGUCAAGCUGC